UGUGACAAUUUUCUUAGGGUAUUUAUGACUGUUUGUUCUAUCUCGACGAAAGUUUUAUUCAGACGAUGAUGACGAUCGAAUAUUUCAUAAUUUACCAAUGUUUUCGGGCGUCAGCCAUUGCGUUCUUACUGGUCGUCAAAUUCUAAUCAAAUUAAAGAGAUUUUUUUUUUCCUUCCUGUUUUAUUGUCUUUUUUUUUUUUUUUUUUUACACAAACUUUAUCAUAUUCCGAAACGGAGAUUACAGUACGAUGUUUUAAACAGAAUUUAUUUUAUAAAUUUCAUACUUUCAUUGUAUUUUUAGUCGAAGAUCAUUCCUGCAUUACGUAAAAUAACCGUUUUACAAAAGCAUUGUUUUAGUGCUCCCUACAGUCAGCGAGAAGCCUUUGUUCGAACGUAACAGUAGUGUAAUUUUAAUUGAUAAUUAAUAUUUUUUACGCAUUACUUAUCUCUAUGUUAAUGUGUACUAAAAAUGUGUAUAAUUACCAGCUAGAUUAAAUAUAAUUAUUCUUGUUUCCACCGCCAUUUUUUUUUUUUUUUUAAGGAAAUGCUUUUUAAAUACGUUUUGCUUCUAACUUAUCAUUGGUAGAGGAAUGCAAAAUUUUAAUUUUAAAGCGAUAUCGAACAAUUUGUACAGACUUAGUUAUAAUUUAUUAAAUUUUCUGUACGAAAUCAUACGUAUCGUGAUAUUUAAUUUUUUAUUACAUUCGAAGGAAUAUGAAACGAUAUAAUAACGAAGCCUGUCGAAACAAAAAAAAAACAAAAAAAUACUAUUUCCAUAUUUUAAUACAUUGAAUACUCUCGAUGCGUUAAUAGCCUUUAUAGACCCAAGUAUUGUUUCACGUUCAUGAUACACAAGUGUACAUACAUCGUACGCAAAUUUCCAUUCCCUUUUCGGAUAAAAUUCUUUCGAUCAGCGGGUUGUGUCUGAAGACUAUAAUCGACCUGUGGAACGUCCAGGCUUGCCCAAAGUUCACAAUGGAGACGCUUUUUUGUACAUAAUGAAUGAUAUGUAAUCGUUAAACGAUGAUGCAACGCUAAAGGCAUAUGUGUUUUUAUUUGGAAUGAGUCUGUGAUGUGUCUGGGAUGAGUAGCCUCAACUGUUAUGCCAGUGCGACGUGUAGCCUCCAAUCUGCGUGGAAGUUAAAUCGGAUGUGUAAGGACAUGUUAUAACGUAUUCUCGCACACGUGGACAAAUGCAACUGUUCUUACGAGAUCACUUUAAAUGUUCUCUCCUUGGUGAAGUGGGUUUUAAAAAAAGGAAAAAAAGUGUAAUUCUAAGUGUUGUACAUAGUACACAAUAUUAAUUUCUAAGUUGUGCAAGUAGGUAUAUGAUGGUUAGUUUACCGUAUGCUAUUGUAAGAGUCUAGAUUUAGCGUAAGUGACAUAGCUAGCAUUUAGGGGUUAGACGCCAUGAACUAACUAGGGAAACAAUUCCCGAACUACGUUCUCUUAUUAAUAAAUAUGCAAGGCGAUUAAAUAACGAUGGAAUCGUCCGUCAGCGAAUGGAUAUGAUUUUAUUAUUGAUUGAAAAUUAUAAAACCCGAAUGUACGCUCUGACUAUCAAAGAUACAUUUACGCGAUCACACAUACGACACACAUCGGUGAAUACAUGUGUACACGUAAAGAAUUUUUAUAUAGCCUAAUUUUAUAUUUGUAUGCAAACGUAAGUUCAACCGUGCGGUCUGCUCCUUCAUUUAGUCACGCGAUACUCAAAACGAGCCUUAGUCCUCGACAUAAGGAUUGCUUUUUAUUGCAACCAUUCCUGCACCGUAAGUCGCUUCUACCAAACAUUACAAAUAAUGUAUAUACAUACGUACAUAUCUGCUGCAUAUCUUCCGUGCGUAUGUAUGUAUGUAUGUAUAUCAUUAUACAUAUACGUGUACACAUAUAUGUAUAUUUAUUUACGUAUGCAUAUAUAUGUGUACAUGUGUGUGUGUAAAUUACG